UCCCAUCCAGCCCCGGCAAAAAAUCGGGAAGCCUCUCACCAAAGCUAUAUAUUCGGGAAUCCUAGUGAUCAUUAUAGAAUCACGGUGGCAAAUAUGUUUGUACGUCGUUGUUGCGGCAUUCAACGUCGAUUAGGUUGGCGAUCAAUUCAUUUGUCACAACGAAACUUCUCAUUGCAACCUUUGAAAAAACCAAGCUCUGCAUCUAAACAAGUAACUGAAGAAGAAUUCGUUGACCAUUCAGAAAGUCCUCGGGAUCUUAUAUUGAAAGUUAUGAGCACCGUACCUAGCCAGAGGGAAUUGAGACAUUUCUUGAAACGAUAUGUACCGCAAGACGAUUCUGGAAAUAACACAAACCUUACAAUUAACGAGGACAAGCAGAAACUAGCACAGAAAAGGCAACGUUCGACAAAUGCAAUUGUGGAUGCCCUGUUUGAAGGCGAUACCGAGAGAGUAGCCCUCACCAAGGUCCAGGGUCCGUUUGCGAAAAGAGGCUGGAAUGCCGUUGCAUCCACUCUCAUCAAGCUCAAGCGGUUGGGAUUGACAUCCAUAAUUGUGCUGGACAGUGUGGAAUGGCGUAAAACGCUGAGUAAAGGAGAACUUCGAAAUAGGAUGUUCCUUGAAAGUAUGGCUCUUGUAGAAUCGAUUGAACGCCAAGGCGGUAGAGCCCGAGCGUUUCAUGUUGGGGUUUUCGAGCUCUCUGGACAAAAAAUGAACGCUCAUGUCGACAUGAUCCAGUCAAGUUUGGAUAACAAUCAUUUGCCAGUUAUCAUACCCAUAAUAUCAGCGGAGGAUGGUGCCCAAAAUCCUAUCACAGCAGAUGAAGCAAUGAUUACACUUUCCGAAAAGCUUCGAGCAAAGAAAGGCUACAGUGGCAAAAAUCUCACUCCAGCCAAGAUCGUUGUGAUUAACCAUGAAGGUGGCAUUCCCAAUCAUGAGAGUCCCGGCACAGCCCAUAGUUUAAUUAACAUCGAGGAAGAAUAUAGUGGUAUCCUCAAAGCGUACGAAGCUAACCCCAGCUGGCACGAAACCCAUCCUACAGCCAUAGAAAACUUGGCAAUGAUACAAAGCUGUCUUGAAAAUCUACCAAGUACUUCAUCAGCUAUCAUUACACCAGUGGCUUCCUUGCCUUCAGCACUUAUCACCAAUCUCAUUACGGAUAAGCCGCUUUAUUCAUCCUCACUUCCUGUCAAAUCUACACCAUUAACAAGCAGACACCUGUCUAUCAAUACCUCUCGCACAACUGUUUUGCGCCAUGGCACUUCGAUCCAUUAUCACAAAUCAAUUGAUACCCUCGACUUGGAUAAGCUGACGGUUUUAAUGGAAGCCAGUUUCAGAAAGAAGUUGGAUAGAGACGCAUACUAUGAUCGAUUAGGCAAUGUACUUGAUGGAGCAAUCAUCGCAGGCGACUACGAGGGUGCUGUUUUAGUUACAAACGAAAGUUCAAAUGACGGAUCCUUACAGUGCAGCUACCUUGACAAAUUUGCCAUUGCGCCGCAAAGCCAAGGCAUAGGAUUGACAGACAUUUUAUGGAAAAAGAUGUAUGAUGCUUGGCCGGAACUGAUGUGGCGAAGCCGAAAGGAUAACGGAGUGAACAAAUGGUAUUUCGAGCGCUCAGACGGAUUUUUGAGGCUACCGAAUUCUAAUUGGGUGAUGUUCUGGUAUGGCGCCAACAUGUACCGACAAGCAAGCGAACUGAGCUCUAUUACUCGUAAUAUCACGGCAUCCUUCUCUUCUUCGCCAACUGAUUGAGAUAUCAAAGCGCUUGGCGACUGUAGCAGACAUAGACGAGCGAAAAGGUGUAACAGUUGAUGUUUA